UGCGGGCGGAGCGGCAGCGCCAUGGCCGGCGCCUGGGCCGGCUUCUCGCAGGAGGAGCUGCGGCGGCUGCGGGGGCAGCGCCCAGAUUUGUACGAGCCCUCACCACCACAGCAGCAGCAGCAGCAGCAGCAGCAGCCUCGCCCCCAGGCUGUGCCCAAGACUCGGAAGCAAUUGCAAAGGGAAAAAGCCCUCCAGCAGCAAAGCCAGAGGCUGGGGCUGCAGGGAGGAGCAGCCUCUGUCACUCCAGAGCAGCUGCUUUCUGCUCCACAAGCCAAACCUUGUCACCCCCAGCAGCCCGGGCCAGCACCUGGGGAUCAGAGGCAAAGGGACAGCCAAGAGCAGCAGGAGGGAGUGACACCGGCAGAGUCUUGUAAUGGCAGGGACAGUGCCCAGCCCCGCCCUGCAAAGCCCAACAGCCAAGUGGAGAGAAAGAAAGUGGAAUUGCAGGAAAAAUCCCGAUGGGAAAUCCUCCAGCAGGAGCAGCGGCUGAUAGAAGAGAAGAACAAACGCAAGAAGGCACUCCUGGCCAGAGCCAUUGCUGAGAGAUCCAAAAGAACUCAGGCUGAAACAGUGAAACUGAAGAGGAUUCAGAAGGAGCUGCAGGCUCUGGAUGACAUGGUGUCUGCUGACAUCGGGAUCCUGAGGAACCGCAUCGACCAGGCCAGCCUGGACUACUCCUACGCCCGGAAGCGCUAUGACAAGGCCGAGUCCGAGUAUGUGGCAGCCAAGCUGGACCUGCAGCACAAGACAGAGAUCAAGGAGCACCUCACGGAGCACCUUUGCACCAUCAUCCAGCAGAAUGAGCUCCGCAAGGCCAGGAAGCUGGAGGAGUUAAUGCAGCAGCUGGAUGUGGAGGCAGAUGAGGAAAAUCUGGAGCUCGAGAUCGAGGUGGAACAGAUGCUGCAGCAACAGGAGGCAGAAGCAGGGAAACAAUCCAGCCAGGCACAGAGCCACCAUGCUGGGACAGCCCAGGAGAACCCUGCUCCCAGUGGUGUGCAGGAGAGCCAGCAGGCCAACCAUGCUGCUGCUGCUUCUCCUGCAGUUUCUGAACACUCCCAAAACCCCAGGACCAAAGCCCUCUCCAACUUGGACAGCCAAACUCAGGCAGUAGAUGUGACUUCAGGAAGCUCCUCAGCUUGUUCUGCCACAUGACUGCUGGGUGCAGAUAAGCCAGUGGUUAUGGAUGAGGUACUCUCUGCAGGCUUGUGGCUGUGUGUUGUAUCUUGCCUUCAGCAGUGCCAGUAAUAUGCACUUCAUUUCUCUUUUCCUUUUUACUGUUUUCAGACUUUCCACAAGACACAUUUAGCAUUCAUCACCUGUCAUUGUUCUGGUGUACGUUCAUGUUCUACUGCCCAGCUCUUCAUGGGUUUUUGUAUGUUCCUGAAACAGGACACUUGGAAGUGAACAGUAGGGUUUGUCCAAAGAUUUUCAGCUUUUUGAUACCCACAGAUGCCUGUUCUGAGCAGUGUGUAAGAGAAAGAUACCUACAGGAGAAAACCUGGAUCUGCUUCAGAACACAUUCUGACAACUGCAAUAGGAUGUUUUUCUUCUUCUGUACCCAUAAGGGAUUAUUUUCCAGCGGUUUAUCCUGCUGUCAAACCCAAGUGCUUACAUUAACUGCCUUCAUGGGGUUACUAUUUGCUGAUUUAAGGGAAAUUUGCAUAUUGAGGGAAACUGCAAAGACAGUUGUAAUACCUCAUAUUUAUCACUUCCUUUGAGACAAUGCUGAAUCAUGAAGCUGUACAUUGAUAACACUAUUAGCUAUGACAUCUCAGUUGCUAGGGCUUAACAAAAAUGAUGGGUUACAGUUUAAGACAUUGCAGAUUGUAGAAGUAGAAACACACAAAAGAGUGUGUAACAUUUAAAGCUGUUUAAUUGCAGAGAUUUUUCUCUGUUGUAGUUGCCUCAAAGUGCCAAUAAUUAGCCAUAAUUAGCCAAUAAUUCAUUUUGUAAUGAAUAAUCCCCACAGUAUAUUAUAAAUAAGCCUAUUUUUGUAGAACAUCUAAUGCAUUUUCUUGCCUGAAGAGCAGGUUAGUACCCCAAAGAAGUUCAGCUGAUUUGCUCUAUUGCUGUUGGAAUGCUUUAAAAAGCUAUUCCAGGUGGAGAAAGCCUCAGGAAUUAAAAGAGAACAUAGGAAAAUCUCCCAUAGAUUGAUUGCAGCUGCAAACUCUGCACUGACAGUUAACCUCUUGGUACCAGGGAAGUGUGGGAAUGGUUCCUGGAACACCUGACCUGGAUGUGUUGGGUGUGAGUUUAUGAAUGAGUUGCUGAAUGAUGCCACCAAGUCUAUAAAUGGGACAGUGAUUGUCUCUAUGGCUUGAACAGUGGAAAAACAUGUCACUACAUUUCAGUUUUAUUCUAUUAAUAAAUCAGUGCAUCUUGUA